AAUAAAUAAUAUUCAACGACGCCGACGACCCAACAAAACCGAACGAACUAACCAAAUUCUUACAUACUUUCAUAUUUCUCUGUCAGACAGCCUUUUCCUUCUCGUCUCUAUCACUUCUCCUCCUCCUCCUCCUCCUACUUUGCCUCUCCCCAUCUCUCUCUCUCUCUCUUUCUCUCGUAUUCAGUUUCAGGUAGAAUUCUGCAUUUGAGAGGAAGAGAGAAUGUCAGGUGGAACCCAGAAAAGUUUGAGGAAAGCACUUGGUGCCCUCAAGGAUACCACCACUGUUUCAUUGGCCAAAGUCAAUAGUGAUUACAAGGAAUUGGACGUUUCUAUAGUGAAGGCCACGAAUCACUAUGAGCGACCUGCAAAAGAAAGGCACAUUAGAGCUAUUUUUGCUGCCGUUUCAGCUACUAGACCUCGGGCUGAUGUUGCAUAUUGCAUCCAUGCUCUUGCGCGGCGUUUAUCGAGGACACAUAACUGGGCGGUUGCAUUGAAAACUUUAAUUGUUAUUCAUCGUGCUUUGAGAGAAGUGGACCCCACGUUUCAUGAAGAAAUCAUUAAUUAUGGAAGAACCCGGAGUCAUAUGCUUAAUAUGGCUCAUUUCAAAGAUGACUCCAGUCCGAAUGCUUGGGAUUAUUCUGCGUGGGUUCGCACCUAUGCCUUGUUUUUGGAGGAGAGGCUGGAAUGCUUUCGCGUGUUGAAGUAUGACGUUGAGAUGGAUCGACCUGUGAGAGCUCAUCUUUUUAAUAGGACCAAAGAUCUGGACACUGCUGAAAUACUGGAACAGUUGCCAGCUUUGCAACAGCUUCUUUUCCGUGUUCUCGGUUGUCAGCCACAAGGUGCAGCAGUCAAUAACUUUGUCAUUCAGUUGGCACUUCAACUGGUUUCUUCAGAGAGCAUUAGAGUUUAUCAAGCUAUAACUGAUGGUACUGCCAAUUUGGUUGACAAGUUCUUUGAGAUGACGCGCCUUGAUGCUUUGAAGGCUCUGGAAAUAUAUAGAAGGGCUUGCCAACAGGCAGAGAGACUUUCAGAAUUUUACGAGAUAUGUAAAAGCAUGGAUUUUGGACGUGGAGAACGGUUUAUAAAGAUUGAGCAGCCCCCUUCAUCAUUCCUACAAACCAUGGAAGAGUAUGUGCGAGAUGCUCCAAGGAUGUCGAUAGCUCGAAAGGAUCAGUUUGUGGAUAAUAAAAUUGCUGCUCCCAAGGAAAUCUUAGCCAUAGAGUACAAAAAGGAAUCUGGGGUAGAGGAGGAACACCCGCCAUCACCACCUCCACCUGAACCAGUAAAAGUGGAAGAGCCUGUAGCUCAACCUCCUGAUUUGUUGGGUUUGGGUGAUCCUGUUCCAGUUGCUUCAGAGCUAGAUGAGAAGAAUGCCCUCGCUCUUGCUAUUGUUCCAGUCGCUGAACAACAAAGUACUGCUAUCCCAAGUCAUGCAAAUGGAACUACAGGCUGGGAAUUGGCACUUGUCACAGCUCCUAGUUCAAAUGAAAGUGCCGCUGCUGCUAGCAAACUGGCUGGAGGGCUCGAUAAACUUACAUUAGACAGCCUCUAUGAUGAUGCAAUUAGAAGGAGCAACCAGCCUGUGAGCUUCAAUCCUUGGGAGCCAGCCCCAAUGGCUAAUCCCAUGAUGCAAACAGCUGUAUAUGAUCCUUUCUUUGCCUCCAACGUGGUGGCUGCACCACAUUCAGUGCAAAUGGCACAAAUGGCAAGCCAGCAGCAAGCUUUUAUGUUACAGCAGCAGCAGCAGAUGAUGAUGAUGAUGGGCCAACAACAGCAACCUUCAAAUCCUUUUGACAACCCUUAUGGAAGCAGUGUCCACCCCUAUGGCUCAGGUAGGCCGCCUGUUCAAGCAUACAAUCCAUAUUCGGGCCUUAUUUAGAAGCUUUGUGCAAAGCACAUUCUUUUUAUGGAAACACGUGAAAGAAAAAUCUUGCGAGAGCAGUCGGUUUUGGUUUUUGAGAUUGGGAAUGCUUGAAGACUCGAUAGUUGUGUACCGCAUGCUGUGUAUGUGCAGUAGUCAGUUAGAAUGAGAUUCUUCUUCAAUAACUAGUGAGACAAAGGACUGUGGAUUAGCGAUUAUUUGCUUUGAAGGUUAGUAAUAAUGCUUUUCAGACAACUAUAGCGUUUUCAACCUGCUUUGUUGUUGAUGAUGUUCAAGCAGGUAUUUCAUAUCUUGUUAUUUUCCCCCCCGUCAGGUUUACUUGUAGAUGAUAGGAAUGAUAUGUAAUCUCUGUGAUUAUUACCACAUUUAUGUAAAAAAGAACACCAAGUUUGAUUCGUGACUCAAAGUCUCAGCACCAGAUAUCAUUG